CCUGACCGCGCUCUACGUUGGAUCACUGCACGACACCAUCUCAUCAACGCGCUCAGAUUGCAAUUCGAGCCUGUUCGUCAACACCAAGCAACAUCAUGGCAUGCUCGUGCUGCGGCACUGCCGAGCGGCCCUCUUCACCCUCGCCUUCGCCCUCGCUACCGCAAUCGCAGGACGACACUUCGACGCCUGGGGCCGUGGUCGACGAGGCAGCACCAGCGUCCAACAGUCGUGACGCACAAGGACACGGGGAUUCGCGAGACUCCCGCUGCGGCCCCAGCGAUGUGCCCAUGGCUGUCCAGGACGCCGUUCACUCCUACCAGCACGGCUGCUGCGAAGACCGUCCCGCCCAGCUUGCUCCUGAGCCGGCCAGCGAACCACCUUGCGCUGCUGGCUGCUGUGGCGGUACUGAGGCCGUCGUCCUCCCCCCCACCGCGAGAGCCAGAGCGAGCACCGCCGCUUCGGGAGGCUGCCACGGCAAUGCGUCUGUCGAUGUUUCCGCCAUUGCGCCCGCCCACCAGGCCUACAGCUCUAAGUGCUGUGACGGAGACAUGACUACUUCAGCCCCGACGGCACACGCCGCCGACUGCUGCUGCGCUGACAAGCCCAUGAAUGUCGCAAACAACGGGCAGACUUGCUCGGAUGGUGACUGCUGCGUUGCCAAUACUGCCGUGGAGAGCGCCAAUACCGACUGCUGCGAUGAUGACCCCCUCGACAACAGGGCCGACAAUGAGCAGCCCUGUGCUCGUGUUUGCUGCGGGGUAAACACAGUUGUCUCUGGCAAAAUUACAGACACCGCCGACACUUGUUGCGAUGGAGAUAAGACUGCCAAAGGCGGUGCCGCCACGGACGGUGCCAAGCAGACUUGCGGCGAUGGCUGCUGCGACGAGUCAUCCGCUGGCAAGCAAAAGACGAACCCUUCGACGAGUCUAGCGGAUGCCUCCACCGACGACCAGCAAGCCUGCACCGAAGGCUGCUGCAACUCACAGCCUGACGACACCAGAUCGCGUGACGUGACCGACUGCUGCCGUGACAAGCCGUCUCCUUGCUGUGACGAGUCCUGCCUCGACCGCCUGGCUCUCCGUGAAUGCGACAGCAAGGCCUGUGAUGCCUCAUCAUGCGACACGUCUUCUUCCUCUGUUCCCAAGAACAGGGCCUGUGGCCGCCACCGACGCUCCACACGCGAGCGAUACGGAGCCACCCUUGAGGCCCUCGGUUGCAUUUGCCGCGCCCUCAUCGCUCUCGGACAAGAGUCGUGUUGUGAUACGAAGAAGAGGUCAUCCCUGAGCAGGAACAAGUGUACCAAGCGCCAGUCCGGGCUGACGUCUUCGCGCUCGUCGCUCGAUCUCUGCUGUGCGAGCGGGGCAUCCAUCAAGACGCCGCGCGCGACAAUUCGAGCCCGCCGCCAAAAGGCGCCGUGCUGUGGCGAGGAGGCGUGCAAAUCAUCCUCCAUGAAACCCUCUUGCGAGACACGCAAGCCCACGGCGGGCGUAGGCUGUGCCGCUUCCUGCUGUAGCCCAACGCGGCUCACCCCUUCCGAGUCAAAGGCUAUGCCAAAGGACGACUGCGGCGGCGACACCUGCUGCUCCUCGGGCGAGAAGCCCUCUGUCGGGAAGAUUCAGGCCGCAGUAGUUGACCCAGAGAACCAGGUUGCUGGCGUGGAGCAUGUUGUGCUGUGCGUGUCGGGCAUGACCUGCACCGGUUGCGAGACCAAGCUCAACCGCACCCUCGCGACUGUCGCCGGCGUCCGCAGCCUCAAAACAAGUCUCGUUCUGUCACGCGCCGAGUUUGACGUUGACCUGACCCUGACUAGUGUGGAGAGCGUCAUAAAGCACCUGGAGAGGACGACCGAGUUCACCUGCGAACGAGUUUCGAACCAGGGCGCAACCCUUGACCUCAUCGUCGACGGCAAUGCGGACUCUCUCGUCGACCAGACGUGGCCGUCCGGAGUCAUCGACGUGACCGCUACCUCCAAGGGCACCGUUCGUGUCGUCUUCGACCCCAAGCUCCUCGGCGCUCGCGACCUCAUGGACAGGGACUGGGGAGCACCAGUCAAGCUUGCCCCCAUACGUGGCGACCCAGGGCUCGAGGCCGGCAGCAAGCACGUCCGUCACGUUGGAUACAUGACUCUCCUCUCCGCUGUACUGACCGUUCCCGUCUUGGUCCUGGCCUGGGCCCCGCUACCGGAUCGAGAGCUCGCAUACAGUUCCGCGUCGCUCGCGCUCGCCACCAUUGUCCAGGUAGUCAUCGCCGGGCCUUUCUAUCCCAAGGCGCUCAAAGCUCUCGUCUUCUCCAGAGUCAUUGAGAUGGACUUGCUCAUCGUCCUCAGCACUAGCGCGGCCUACAUUUUCUCUGUCGUCUCCUUUGGCUACCUGGUCGCUGCCCGGCCGCUGUCAACAGGCCAGUUUUUCGCGACGAGCACGCUUCUGGUCACCCUCAUCAUGGUCGGCCGAUACAUGGCAGCUCUAGCAAGACAAAAGGCCGUCGAAUCCAUCUCCAUUCGCUCACUCCAGACCGCGACCGCAUUGCUCGUCGAUGACCUCGGCGGCGGCGAGCGACAGAUUGACGCUCGCCUACUGCAGUAUGGUGACAUAUUCAAGGUCCUCGCAGACUCCAGAAUCCCCACAGACGGAACAGUGAUAUCGGGUUCCUCAGAGGUCGAUGAAUCCAUGCUUACCGGCGAGUCAAUGCCAGUCGAGAAACACGCCAAGUCGUCCGUCAUUGCCGGAACCAUCAACGGGUCUGGCACCCUCGUCAUCCGGCUUGCUCGCCUCCCGGGCGACAAUACCAUCACAACCAUUGCCACCAUGGUUGACGAAGCGAAGCUAUCUAAGCCCAAGCUUCAGGAACUCGCAGAUCUAGUGGCGUCCUACUUCGUGCCAGUCGUUGUCGGGCUGACCAUCCUUACGUUUGUGAUAUGGGUCGCCGUUGGCAAGACCGUCCGCGGGAAGUCCGGGUCCGAGGCGACGGUAGACGCCAUAACAUAUGCCAUCACGGUCCUCAUUGUUUCUUGCCCCUGCGCGAUUGGCCUGGCAGUGCCAAUGGUCAUCGUCAUCGCGAGCGGUGUCGCUGCGGAACGUGGCGUCAUCUUCAAGUCUGCGAGCGCCAUUGAAGUGGCACACCGCACCUCCCACGUGGUUUUUGACAAAACUGGUACUUUGACAGAAGGGAAAAUGAAGGUUGUCUCCGAGAAUUUGUUGACGCAGGAGAGUGCGUGCCAAUCGCUACUCCUGGGGCUCAUCAGCGGCAGCAGGCACCCCGUAUCGGUGGCAGUCGCAGACUACCUCAAGAGCAAGAACAUUGAGUCAGCCAUUGUGCCAGAUGCCAAGAGCCUGACCGGCAAGGGCGUGGAGGCGCACGCGGCUGGGCGGAUUCUGCGCGCGGGCAACGCCCGGUGGCUCGAUCUGUCAUGUGUAUCCCCCGUCCAAUCCGCCCUGGCGAGCAACCUGACCGUGUUUUGCUUUACGAUCGACGGCACGCUCGCUGCCGUUUACGGACUCGAAAACUCGCUACGGAACGACGCAAAGGCUGUCGUGUCGGAUCUGCAGGCACGGGGUAUUUCGGUUCACAUUGUCUCGGGCGAUGAUGACGGGGCCGUUCAGGCAGUUGCCAGCAAGCUUGACGUCCCAAGUAGCAACGCGCACGCCCGCAAGUCUCCUGCCGACAAACAAGCGUAUAUCAACAAGCUCUUCAUGUCCCCCAGCAAGGGACGAGAGCCAGUUGUCAUAUUUUGUGGCGACGGGACCAACGACGCCGUCGCGCUGGCACAGGCCACCAUCGGCGUGCAUAUGAACGAGGGCAGCGACAUGGCCAAGUCGGCCGCCGACGUGGUUCUCAUGCGCCCAGAUCUCUCAGGCAUCGCGGUCAUCCUGGACAUCAGCAGGCGGUCGGUCAACCGCAUCGGGUUUAACUUUGCGUGGAGCUUCGUCUACAAUACGGUAGCCGUGCUGCUCGCGUCUGGGGCUCUUGUCAAGGCCAGAAUUCCGCCCCAAUUCGCGGGGCUCGGAGAGCUGGUGAGUGUGUUGCCUGUGAUCCUCGCGGCGGUGCUGCUGCGCUGGCCGAGGCGCUGAUCGCGUGGUCAUGAGCGCAGGCUACUUGUUGCCGGGUCAAACCUAGGCACGAGAGCGGCUGCUCACAAGAUACGCGGUGAUGCAACAGUUACUUUCUUCGUCUGGUCACGAUGGUGACCGACGAGGCCCUGGGCCAUGUGCGCUUUCAGUGCUGCCACAGUCCAGCUCAAGCCCUUUUCAUAUACGCCUUUCCAUGGGCCAUUAUCAGGGAACUCCCUAGGAUGCUCCCCCAACAAGCAACCUCCAUUCAGUGGGUAAAAGAUGAC